AUGAAGAAGGGAGUAGUUAAGGAAAUUCAUCCAUUCUAUGGAGAAGUCUCAUUGAAUAGAGGUUCUUUUGAGGGAAUGGAAGGUUCUUCAGGAAAGAUUAGUUUCAUUGUAAAGAAAGGUAAACAAUUUAGAAGAAUUUGUUUUGCUGCCUGUAAGGGAGAUGUACAGAAUGAACAGCUUUUCAAAUUGGAAUGGAAAAUACAUCAAGAUAUUGAACAUAGAGGAUGGAAUUUUGUUGAAAUUGAUGGACGAUUGGAAUUUUCACAUUUGGGAAAAGAUGAAGAGUGGAUGAAUGAGAAACUUACGAAUGAAUAUAUUGAAGAUGUGGAGCCAAUUGUUGAAAAGUUUAUCAGUUCGAAACUUGAAAUGAUUUCUGUAUUGGGAGCUUACAAUUGGCAAAAUAUCUUGUCCUAUCUCCAUGUGAAAGAUUUGAAUACUUGCUAUCAAACUUGUAAGAUAAUGAGAGAGUUGAUUUCCUCGAGAGAUUUUCUUAUCAAGCUCAUUGAAUCUCAGUGUAUAACAUUACCAGAAAUGUACUAUCAGGAAUCUCAAAGAAAUUUAAAACAUUGUAAGAAAAUUGACUUGUUGAAGCUGUACUAUGACAGAAGAGAUAAGCUUAGUUGGGGAAGAAAGUUGAAUGGAAGUUAUAUCAUUUGGUUGAAUGAAAAUUAUUGGAAAACCAAAAAGUCAUCAAGCAGUGUAUUUGGAAAGAUUAUCAAACUGAGUUCUGUUUGGUGGUUUGACUUUGGAGCAACCUUAACUCUGAGAAGAGGUCGUUACAAGGUUUCACUCCGUUACAAAACCACUUCUAAUGCUUGUGGAUUGGCUGACA